AUGGCAGGGAGUGAAGACGAUCCCAGGGCCAGGGACUCGAAGGUCGCAGGCGCCAUCAUGGUCUGCGAUCGCGUUGGGCUUUCUAUGGAGACGGCACUGUUGCAGCUUUGGCAGCUGCCCAUGACGGAGCGGUUGCUUGAGGAGCACCUGAAACUGUGGACAUCCGCGCUCGUCAUGUUCGGCACAUUCUUCGAGAACGGGUGGACCCUCUGGGAUGCCAAACCUGACAACUACGGCAUGGACGAGGGAAACUACGAGCGGUUGCAGUUCUUGGACGUCGCGGCCCUAGAGAACAGAAGUGAACAAACGACCCGCGAAGAUGGCCAGCUGCUGUACAAGAUCAUGCAGCGCUUUUGCAAGGCAACAGUCGACUGCUGGGAAAGGGAGGCACCCAUGAAACGUGGCGGCAAUGGCUGGAUUUCGACGUCUCCCGCAUCUUCGUUUGCCGACAGGAGCCAGCCGACGGGGGAGUCCGAGCCUGCGAAGAAGUCCGGGCCUCAAGUCACGACGGUGGCGGAACGAGCCGUGCAAGGAGUCGGAGCCUGCCAGGAAGUCCGGACCUCAAGUCGAGACGAUGGCGGCCAGUCCUUGGUUCCUGCCAGCAACCCAGCAGAGGACCCUGCACGGAACGAGCCGUCGAAGGAGUCGGAGCCUGCCGAGAAGUCCGGACCUCAGGUCACGACGAUGGCGGCCGGUGGUUGGCUCCCGCCAGCAACUGUGCAGACGUGCGUGAAGGCCAGGAACGAGCCGUGGAAAGAGUCGCCGCGGGAAGAGUCGGAGCCUGCCAAGAAGUCCGGACCUCAGGCCACGACGAUGGCGGCCAGUGGUUGGCUCCUGCCAGCAACUGUGCAGAGGUGCGUGAAGGCCAGGAAGGAGACGUGGAAAGAGUCGCCGCGGGAAGAGUCGGAGCCUGCCGAGAAGUCCGGUUCUCGAGUCACGAGGUGCGGUGUCUUGCUGGCCGCUGAGCUCAGGCAACGCAUGGAUGCAUCGCGAGAAUUAAGCUCAUGGGGACCCACCGUGUGCGUGGGGUUGCUUGGUCGCAGUGCACUGGUGAUGUUCCAGAUGCUGCCCAAGGAAGAAGGCGAUACUGCGAUAGAGCUCUUGUGCACCGUGAAGGAGAAGGACGUCGAGGUGAUUGAAUCGGUUCAACACGUGCAAGCGCACGUUUUGGCGGCGACACCACGGGAUGUCUCUCACAUGCUUAAGGAGGGCGAGCGCAAGCACGGGCUUCUUCGGGUUGAGCUUGUCUGCAGUACCGCAUGGACGCCCACCGACAAAUAUGCGGAGCGUCACAGAGUGCGUCGGUGCAUGCAUGUCAACGCUUCCCUCGCGCGGGUCUACUGGGAUCAAAUGAAUCGGGACAGCUGGCCCAAGUCUUUGCAGGACUGGCACGAGAUUGUGGUUGGCAAGACUCAAAAGCGUGCAGAGGCACCUAAGUUGACGUUGGAAACCCUGGAGAAGGCGAUGAAGGACGUGACCGUCGUCGCUGACCAGAGGGGCUUUUACAACAAGCCUAUCCAUGAUCUAGACACACAUGGACGGGUCAAUCGAAAGACGACUAAACUGGACGAAAAGCCCCUCACGCGAGAAGAGCGCGAAGCCGAAGGGAUCACUUAUGGCGACCAGCAACCGAACAAGAGGAUGCGAGACAUUCCCAGCUACCGGCACAAGCCAUUGACGGCAUUGCUGCGGAACCUGCACCAACUUCUGCCGCUGGAGCGCUGCAACGAAACAGGGCAGCGACCGGCCGGAUGCAGGGAGCGGCAUGCUCCAACGAAGCCGCGAAAGCAAUCCAGCAAAACCGAUGGAGGCAUGUUCAAGUUUGCCCAGCAUGGCAUGGUUCUCCAGCUGGAGGACUUCAUCGAGGAGAAGUGCUUUGUACAGCCGACAGCUGCUGCAGAGGAGCAGGACUUUGGCUUUGUGCCGGCCGAGCUGCACAAUGUGGCCAGGGGCCUUGUUGCUUUCCUGAGGGUCAGAGCGUGCUCUUACGAUAACAUCUCGCCUCAGAAGAAGACGGAGCAUUGGAGCCAUUGCUUGGAGUGGUGGGGUUUUUGGAUGUCGGACGAGGAAAUCCAAGCCGUGGCUGCACAAGCGACGUCCCUUGCAUUUACGCACAUGCGCUAUCUGAGUGCCUACGUGCGUUUGCAUCGAGCAACGUUUGCGCAGGAAAGUGUUGCCGCUGCCUCGCAGAUGUAG